AACAUGGCGGCUCCGGCUAGCCGCAGCUGCGAGAUUUGAAUUGCAUUACGAGUAGCUACUGCAUCCCUGAUGAUGGCGUCUCCGGUUUCGUGUGGCUCCCGCCAGAGCCCAGACGAGCUCCCUGGAGACCCCUCUUCACAAGAAGAUGAGGACUGCGAUUAUGAGGAUCGGGUCAGCGGCUCGGGUUCAUAUUCCUCAACGAGUAGUGAUUACGAUGAUGUUGAACCUGAAUGGCUGGACAGUGUGCAGAAAAAUGGAGAAUUAUUUUAUUUGGAAUUGAGUGAGGGUGAAGAAGAAAGUCUCCUUCCUGAAACUCCUACUGUGAACCAUGUCAGGUUCAGUGAAAAUGAAAUUAUAAUUGAAGAGGAUGAUUACAAAGAAGGAAAAAAGUAUGAACCUAAACUCAAGCGGUUUACCAAAAUUUUAAAAAGUAAAAGUCUUUUACCCAAGCGCUACAAUAAAAAAAAUAGCAAUGACAGUGAGCCGGUGUCCAUUCUAAAGCAUCAGUCCAACCAGAAAACAGGAGUGGUUGUCCAACAGCGGUACAAAGAUGUGAAUAUUUAUGUAAACCCCAAAAAGUUAACUGUGACCAAAGCCAAAGAGCAGCUGAAGCUUCUGGAAGUACUCGUUGGGAUUAUUCAUCAGACUAAGUGGAGCUGGAAAAAAACUGGAAAACAGGGCAGUAGAGAGAGACUUGUGGUCCAUGGCCUAUUGCCAGGAGGAUCUGCUAUGAAAAGUGGUCAGAUAUUAAUUGGUGAUGUCCUUGUUGCCGUGAAUGAUGUGGAUGUGACUUCUGAGAACAUAGAGAGGGUUCUAUCUUGCAUUCCUGGACCUAUGCAGGUAAAACUGACAUUUGAGAAUGCAUAUGCUGUGAAAAAGGAAACAACUCAACCAAAACAGAAAAAGGCACAGUCGAACACAAGUGAUUUAGUCAAACUUAUAUGGGGAGAAGAGGUUGAAGGUAUCCAGCAAAAUAUCCUAAACACUCCUCAUAUUGUUAUGUAUCUCACACUUCAGCUUGAUUCGGAAGCAUCAAAGGAAGAGCAGGAAAUUCUUUAUCAUUGUCCAAUUUCUGAUGCAUCUCAGAAACUGAAAAGUGUGAGAGGGAUAUUUCUCACACUCUGUGACAUGUUGGAGAAUGUAACUGGGACACAAGUUACUAGCUCAUCCCUUCUUUUAAAUGGGAAACAAAUCCAUGUGGCUUAUUGGAAAGAAUGUGACAAGUUGUUGUUAAUUGGACUGCCUGCUGAAGAAGUUCCUCUCCCACAGCUAAGGAGUAUGAUAAAAGAUGUUGCCCAAACCUUAACAUUUAUGUAUGGUUCUUUAGAUAGUGCCUUUUGCCAGGUUGAGAAUGUUCCUCGUUUGGAUCAUUUUUUCAACUUGUUCUUUCAAAGAGCACUCCAGCCUGCUAAACUGCAUGCCAGUGCCAGUUUGAACGCACAACAAUAUGAUGCUUCCAGUGCAGUGCUCUUAGACAGCCUCCCCGGAGUCCGGUGGCUCACACUUCCACGGGAAAUCAAGAUGAAACUCGACACAGCAUUAAGUGACUUGGAGUCUGCAGAUUUUGCAGAACUGUCUGAGGACUACUAUGACAUGAGGCGGCUGUAUACAAUUUUAGGAUCUUCUCUGUUUUAUAAGGGUUAUUUGAUCUGCAGUCAUUUGCCUAAGGAUGACCUUAUUGAUAUCGCCGUAUACUGUCGCCACCACUGCCUACUGCCUUUAGCAGCAAAACAAAGAAUUGGUCAGUUGGUUAUAUGGAGAGAAGUGUUUCCUCGACAUCACCUCCAACCUUCUACUGACCCAAACACUGAAGUCUUUCAGGAACCUGAAGGAAGAUAUUUUUUGCUGAUUGUUGGCUUGAAGCAUUAUAUGUUAUGUGUACUAUUAGAAGCUGGAGGCUGUGCAUCCAAAGCUAUUGGGACUCCUGGACCAGACUGUAUAUAUGUGGAUCAGGUCAAAACAACUCUUCACCAGCUGGAAGGAAUAGAUUGUCGCAUAAAUGAGCGACUAACAUCUUCUCCAAGCCCCUGUUUGUCUUGUGCUGACUGGUUCCUUACUGGAUCACAUGAAAAAUUAGAUAGUUUGACAGCCUCGCCCAUCCUUAGUAGGCUACCAGGUACUUCAAAAGUAGCAACCUCUCCAACAUGCAGAAGAAUUCUUUUUGGUGACUAUUCCUUAAAGACACGUAAGCCCAGUCCUUCCCGAAGCAGUGGAGGAUCUGACAAUGGUUGUGAAGGUGGAGAAGGUGUUGGCCUGAGCCCCCACACUGCACCAGAUGCAGUACAGAGACCACAAAGAGAAUCUCGGGGCUCUGAUGGUCCGGAAGAGAGUGGGGCCUUGCUUAAGGUCACUAAAAAGAAGUCUGCUCUUCCAAAUCCAUUUCAUUUGGGGAACUUGAAAAAGGACUUUUCAGAAAAAGAACUGGAAAUAUAUAACACAAUGAAAUUGACAUCUGGUCCUGAGAACACACUUUUCCACUAUGUUGCCUUAGAAACUGUGCAAGGGAUCUUUAUUACUCCUACCCAUGAAGAAGUGGCACAGCUAAGUGGCUCUAUCCACCCUCAACUAAUAAAGAAUUUCCAUCAGUGUUGUCUCUCCAUUCGUGCAAUUUUCCAACAGACAUUGGUAGAAGAGAAAAAGAAAGCACUAGAUGGUGGAGAUCAUUCAGCUUCUACAAAUCCCAUAUCUUCUCUUAACCCUGUGAAAGAACAUGGUGUUUUAUUUGAAUGCUCACCUGAAAAGUGGACGGAUCAGAGAAAAGCACCACCAGUUAUGGCUUACUGGGUAGUAGGGAGACUCUUUCUUCGUCCCAAACUUCAAGAACUUUACGUCUGUUUUCAUGAUUCAGUCACAGAAAUUGCCAUAGAAAUGGCUUUUAAAUUGUUCUUUGGAUUAACCUUAUAGCUGUGUUUUCUUGAUACAUAGCAACUAUGCAUGGAAUAUUGAACAGUGUUAGAAUUGCUGAAAUCAUACACAAGAAGAUAAGGUUUAGCUUCUUUCAACUGUUCAAUUUUGAACAUAAUAAUGUUAAAUAUUGAGAUGAUAUGCUCUUGGAUUUGAUGCACUAAAUCUUUUGUAGUAUUGUGAGACUUUUGAAAAGAUACUUGAUCAAAAUAAGAAGGGAUUUUUAACUUAUUUCCAUUUUGAUGUGUAAUGUUAAUUUAUUGACUAGUUUGAAAUAAUGUGAAUUUGUUUUAUGCAAAAUUAAUAGAGGAAAUAUUUAUCUUGGAAAAAAUACACAAUUCAUAAGUGAAUUCACUUGCAUAUUUUUAUCAAGACUAAUAAUGAUAUCUGGUGAAAGAAUCACAAAACUGGAGGAUGUGAUUAGGUCCUGUAACUAAUUAGUGCUGUGACCAUGAACAAGUUUUUAUACCUCUCUGAGUUCAGAAUCUUCAUGUAUAAAUGAGAUGACUGCAUUGAGACUUCUAAAGUCCCUCUUAGGUAACAUGUGCAGUUUUUUUUAUUCUUGCCUACUCAGCAGUAUCUACAUUCGUUAUGUCCGAGUACUGAUUCCUUAUUAGAUCAAAUACUUUUCUUUAGUUUAAGUGCUUUAAUAGAUACCUCACUGGGGGAUAGAAGAACUAAGGAAGGAAAAUUAAACUUCUUUCUCUA